AUGGGGCAAAGUUUUUAAUGGAAAAGUGGUGUGAGAGAAAAUGACAUUUUAGAGAGAGAGAGAGAGAGAGAGAGAGAGAGAGAGAGAGAGAGCUACUAACACUUGUGGUUUUGUAAGGGUUUGUAGGAGAUGGGUGGUGCGCAGCUUAGCAGUAGAGUGAAGAGAAGUAGUGUCUUGGAGGUGGUUUUCUGCUUGUGGGGGCUGAUCUCCCUAUCUUACGCCGCUAGGUUGAAUGUCUCCAGGCAGAAACUUGAGGUCCAGAGGCACUUGAACCGCUUGAACAAGCCCGCCGUGAAAAGCAUUAAGAGUCCAGAUGGAGACACGAUAGACUGUGUUGAUAUUUCUCAUCAGCCAGCUUUUGAUCACCCUUUCCUUAAAGACCACAAAAUUCAGACGAGGCCUAAUUACCACCCAGAAGGACUCUUUGACGAGAACAAGGUUUCUGCAAAACCCAAAGAGAGAUCGAACCCGAUCACCCAGCUGUGGCACCAAAAUGGUAGGUGUCCUGAAGGCACCAUACCCAUAAGGAGAACAAAGGAGGAUGACGUUCUGAGAGCUAGCUCUGUCAAAAGAUACGGAAGGAAGAGGCACAGAACCGCCCCUCAGCCAAGGUCAGCUCAGCCUGAUCUCAUCAAUCAGAGUGGUCAUCAGCAUGCAAUAGCCUAUGUUGAAGGAGAUAAGUACUAUGGAGCAAAAGCAACCAUUAAUGUGUGGGAACCCAAAAUACAGCAGCCUAACGAGUUCAGCUUGUCUCAGCUUUGGAUAUUAGGAGGUUCUUUCGGUGAAGAUCUCAACAGCAUUGAAGCUGGUUGGCAGGUUAGCCCUGACCUAUAUGGUGACAAUAACACAAGGCUCUUCACCUACUGGACUAGUGAUGCAUACCAAGCCACGGGUUGCUACAACCUCCUCUGCUCAGGCUUUAUUCAAAUCAACAGUGAAAUUGCAAUGGGCGCAAGCAUCUCUCCUGUCUCUGCCUAUCGUAAUUCCCAAUACGAUAUCAGUAUACUUGUCUGGAAGGAUCCGCGAGAAGGGCAUUGGUGGAUGCAGUUUGGAAAUGACUAUGUAUUGGGCUACUGGCCUUCAUUCCUAUUCUCAUACUUGGCUGACAGUGCUUCCAUGAUUGAGUGGGGUGGUGAAGUGGUGAACUCAGAGGAUGGCGGUCAGCACACCUCAACUCAAAUGGGCAGUGGUCAUUUCCCAGAGGAGGGAUUUGGAAAGUCAAGUUAUUUUAGGAACAUCCAAGUUGUUGAUAGCUCCAACAACCUCAAGGCUCCCAGAGGGAUUGGCACCUUCACAGAGCAAUCUAACUGUUAUGAUGUCCAAACUGGGAGCAAUGGGGAUUGGGGCCAUUACUUCUAUUAUGGAGGCCCCGGUAGAAAUCCAAACUGCGCAUGAAUUUCACCCCACCUCCUAUCUUCCUAUGUAUAAUUCAAUCUAGUGUAAUGCCUCUUCCUUUGUAUACCUUUUUUUUCUUUCUUAGGUGGGGAGCUAGUAACAAGUAACCUUUUUCUGUUCAGUGGGAAGUUUUGUCUCGCUUUUUGUUUCUUUUACUUGAAAGAUUCUCCACGCAAGUUGUGGGGAAGUGGCCAAUGUUUCUCAAAAGCGUCCUAAGAAUUCUGUGUAUUCUAUUUGUUUGUUUACUCCUCUCUUGGGAGCGGUUUGGUAAUGAAUGAACGAAAUGAAGUUCUGAUCU